UAAAGUUUAAUAAUAAUAAUAAUAAUAAUAAUAAUAAUAAUAAAUAAUCCCAAUUGUGCCACUCUACAGAGUUAAAUCCCACCCUUCCAUUGAUAGAAUAAUAUGCUUUACUUAGUUGGUUUAUUCAGCCUUGUCAAUGAAUGAGAGAAAAAGAAAAAAUAUGGAAGUGAGUGUGUGUGACUGUGUGUGGAGGAGACACAAGGUUCUUUAUUUACACUUACACUUGCGUGGUUCUUGCAUUUACCUGAUGAUUUUAUGGGUUUUUACAUAUAAAUAAAUGUCUCCUCCUUUUAUUCCCCGUUCUGAGAAAUCACUAGAAACUUGGAACUCUCCAGUUCCCUCCUUGGGUUAAGUCUGAAGCUUUUCAACCACUUUGAACAGAUGUCAGAUACAAAGACCGCCUGCCUUCAGAUCAAAUUGCUGCUGCCAAGUCUCGCGAGCUUUGUCUUAAACAGUUGAUUAUAAUGUCAGCACGGUCCAAUUUGCCAGCUUUAAAGAAGCAGCUGAACACUGCGUUUUGCUGAAGUAUCAAAAAGCUUGGCUCUUUUAUAUAUAAAAAAGAGCAGCAACAACAUUGGCAUCUCUAUAAUACAAACUGGGAAAUCAACAUGCUUGCUAACGUGGGGUGUGUCCACACAAGAAUUCUUCUGUGUCUUCUUCUGAUCUAUAUGUUUGUCAAGAAGGUGGUCUCUGGGGAUGACACAAUAAUUGCCACAAAGAAUGGAAGAGUUAAAGGGGUUACUUUACCUGUGCUUGGAGGAGCAGUAACUGCUUUCCUUGGGAUUCCUUAUGCAGUGCCCCCUAUUGGUCGGCUCCGAUUCAGGAAGCCACAACCUCGAGAAGAAUGGAGUGGUAUCUGGGAUGCCAGCCGGUAUGCAAACUCUUGUUUCCAGAACAGAGAUGAUACUUUUCCUGGAUUCACAGGAUCAGAAAUGUGGAACCCAAACACAAACCUCAGUGAAGACUGCCUUUACCUCAAUGUUUGGGUUCCUUCUCCCAAACCUAAAAAUGCAACUGUUAUGGUAUGGAUCUAUGGCGGUGGCUUCCAGUCUGGGACCUCCUCCUUGAAUGUUUAUGAUGGCAAGUUUCUAGCUCGAGUAGAAAGAGUUAUUGUUGUUUCAAUGAAUUAUAGGCUAGGGGCCUUUGGGUUUUUGGCUUUGCCAGGAAAUGAAGAAGCUCCUGGAAAUGUAGGAUUAUUUGACCAACGACUGGCACUUGACUGGAUCCAGGAUAAUAUAGCAGCUUUUGGUGGCAAUUCUAAAAGUGUGACAUUAUUUGGAGAAAGUGCUGGGGCUGGUUGUAUCGCCUAUCAUAUUCUUUCUCCUCAAAGUCAUCCUCUCUUCACAAGAGCAAUCUUACAAAGUGGUGCUGGAAAUGCCCCAUGGGGUGUACUCCUUCCCUCCGAAGCUAGGCGGAGAACUCUGGCACUUGCCCAACUCCUUCACUGUACAAGCAACAAUGAAACAGAGAUAAUUUUUUGUCUUCAGAACAAAGAUCCUCAGGAUAUCCUUGACAAACAAGUUUCUGUCUUAAAACACAGUGCUCUUCUAGAACUCUAUUUCACUCCAGUAGUUGACAGCGACUUUCUUGCUGACACACCAGCUGCUCUGCUGAAGAAUGGGAAAUUUAAACAAACCCAGAUCUUGAUGGGAGUGAACAAAGAUGAAGGUGCACCUUUUCUUGCAUAUGGUGCACCAGGCUUUAGCAAAGAUAAUUACAGCCUUAUUGAUGAAGAAGAAUUUCGGGCAUGUUUAAAAUUAACCUUUCCAGAAGCAAAUGAAAUUGGGCUGGAAACUGUUGUUUUUCACUAUACUGACUGGAAGGAUGAAGAGAACCCUUUCAAUUAUCGUGAUGCCAUGGGUGAAAUCCUUGGGGAUUCCAAUUUCAUAUGCCCUGUGGUUGAGUUCAUAAAAUAUUUUAUCAAGACAGGGAACAGUGCUUUCUUAUACUUCUUUGAGCACAGAUCUUCUAAACUUGCUUGGCCAGAAUGGAUGGGAGUUCCACAUGGUUAUGAAAUAGAGUUUGUGUUUGGACUACCCUUAGAGAGAAGAGCCAAUUAUACCAAAGCAGAGGAAAUACUGAGUAGAUCUAUUUUGAAAUACUGGGCAAGUUUUGCAAAAACUGGAACACCCAAUGGGACUCAGAUUAAUGGGACAAGGUGGCCAGUCUUCACUGCUGCUGAACAAAAAUACUUAACAUUAAGCACAGACUCUUCAAAGAUUUGUACAAAAUUACGUGCCCAGCAGUGCCGAUUUUGGAAUAUAUUUUUUCCCAAAGUCCUGGAGAUGACAGGAAAUAUUGAUGAAGCGGAACAAGAGUGGAAAGCAGGAAUCCUUCGCUGGAACAAUUACAUGAUGGACUGGAAAAAUCAAUUUAAUGAGUACACUAGUAAGAGGGAAAGCUGCUCAAGUCUCUAAUUAAAAGUUUCAGCCUUUCUGGAAUGCCUGUAUUGUCAAAGAUCAAGGAAAACACAGAGAUAGCUAAUGGAGCAUAUCCAGCAAUAAGGCACGUUAUGCAAGUUCAGUGAGACAUCACAAAUAUGCUGAUCUCCCUGGUCUAUUUCUAUUUAUACAAGAAAAAAGGUUAUAACACAUUUCUUAUCUUUUGAAGCUUCAGGAAAUGCCAA